UCCGGGACGGUGUCUGGAGGACAGCUCGAGACGGGAUACAAGACAGAACGUGUUCACACUGGGAUCUACGUUGAUUCUGCUUCCACUCCUCCACAACCCGAUCAGCCUUCGUAAAGAUGACCAGCCAUCUCACCCGUCGGGCGACAGAAGACGACUUUGAUGGCGUUAUGGGUAUCGGUGAUGUCUACUUCGGGUUGGACUACCUAAGGCACGUUUACUUCACGAUUAUGGACGACCCCAAUGCUAGAUGCUAUGUCUACGUCAUCGGGGAGGAGAUUGUUGGGUUCACCAGCAUUAUCCUGCUUGACGAUGGCAUCACGUUCUUCGUGCGAGCAAGCAGGAUCAAGAGCGGGUUCCGUGGGAAGGGCUUGUAUGGAAAACUACUGCAUUACGCGUGUGAAGAUCACAAGAACAUAGAAUCUAUCAAAUAUGAAGCCAUGGUUACCCAUGGUGUCACUUACGAAUCCAAGAAACUACAUCUUCAAAGCACCCACACACAGCUCGUUCAAAAGUCGGUCCUGAAUUAUCAUUUGAAAAUGGAACGAUUGAAAGUCCCUCAGCAGCCCCUGGAUACAAUUCUUGAGACGUUUAGCUCAGCGGAAAUUACGUCUUUGUUUGAUGACAAAAAUACAUGUGAAGGUUUAUUCCCUGGUGGACGCGUGAUCAUAGACUGGGUUCCUGUACGCCUUCUGGCUUCAAACAUGAGGUACAUCCUGACCUCUGGUGUCAAACCUCUAGCGUCCAGGAACAAUACCUCCAGAGUGUCACUUCUCACCAUCGGGACGCCAGUGCCUUGCCAGUUAGGACUCAGAUAUUGCUUAGACGUUUUCGGAACUGAUUGCACGCUGCUUCGAGAACACGUCUUAAGCCAUAUUGAGUACAUCAAAACCGUCACAGAUAAGAACACAGUGAUAGUACUAAUGGUGGUUGUCAACCCACUUCUAGCCAAUGUUCUGGACAAACUGUUGUCAAAUAUGGAUAUUCCAACGUACGACUUCAAUCCCAAGAGUAUCACUGUAUUUGAAGAUAGCUUCAAGUGACUUUUCAAAACCAGACGGUGAUUAGGGCGAUGUGAUGUUGGUGUUGAUUAUAAUUCCACGUAUCUGAAAUAAUUAGCAUGGCAUUCCAUCUGAGAUAACUCUAUUCUGAUUGAC